UGAGAGCACUGACGUGUUCAUGUCAGUGUUCGCAGUGCCUCGUCAGAGCUGCUCUUUAUCGCUGCUCAUCUUCUGCUGCUGCUGGACAUGUCAAAUAUAUAUGAUAGACAUUACGAGGUUCUUCUCCGGUGGCUGCCCUCAACAGCCGACGAGGCGACGGUUUAAGCGGAAAAGGAAAGAAUCCGAAGGUCUGUAUUCAAGCCCGCGCUGCAGACAAUGGACGGAGGAUGCGCGGUGUCGUGUUUGCGGAAAUGUUUUAGGAGCAGGUGACUUCAAUGACAAACCAAGACCAAAGAUGAGGAAGACUAUUGAUAAUGGCUUCAUUGCUGAAGUUGCUGUACGGCUGCUGCUUUUGGGUCUUUUUCUUGUGACAGAGGAGCUUCCACCAUUCAGCCGUGAGAUCCAGCCGGAGGAGCUCUGGCUCUAUAAGUUUCACCCUGUUAAAAAGGACCGUGUUCCUACACGCCUCAUGUUUGCUAUCGCCCUAUUCACGCCACUGCUGGUUAUUUUCUUAUUUGCCUUCUUGAAACAAGGUGGAAAGGGAGAUUUGAAAGAGGCGUCUCUGGCUGUGACUUUGACCCUGGUGUUAAAUGGAGUUUUCACUAAUGCAAUCAAGCUCGCCGUGGGAAGGCCUCGACCUGAUUUCUUCUACCGUUGUUUUCCGGAUGGCCAGAUGAACCCAGAGCUUCAUUGUAGCGGAGACCCGGAUGUAGUGAUGGAAGGCAGGAAGAGCUUUCCAAGUGGACACUCAUCCUUUGCGUUUGCAGGUCUGGGCUUUACGGCUCUAUAUGUAGCAGGGAAGCUGCACUGUUUCAGCACAGCAGGCCAAGGUAAAGCCUGGAGGUUGUGUGCCUUCCUCACCCCGCUCCUCUUCGCCAUCAUGAUCGCCCUCUCCAGAACAUGUGACUACAAGCAUCACUGGCAAGAUGUGCUAGUGGGCUCUCUCCUUGGCUUGGUCUUCUCCUACUUAUGUUACCGUCAGCAUUACCCAGCUCUCAAUGAACCAGACUGCCACAGACCGCUCCGAAUGAGAGAAACGCCACUUCCAGCAGCAGAACGCAAGCAGGCAAACCCAGGCUACCUCUUACCUUUGUAGGAAAACCAGACCGAUGAGUAUAUACUGUUUACCAAGCCUCGCUGCAAUCAUGUCUAGUUUUUGUGUGUGAACCGACGAGCACUUCUUGUUUCUGCCUUCCUAUACCAUUUUAAACAUUCACAAUGAACGAUUUGUGUAUCGUAGAGCGUCUUUUUGAAAAUGUCUUUGUAUCUUAUCAAACUCUUUAUAUGUGAACUAUCCCUGUGAGAAAAAAUAUGCAUUAUGUCAUGACUGCUUCUAGGUCAGAUUUACAUAUUAACCUGACAUAUUUAUAGUGAUCUCCAGUAGUACUGUACGCUACAGGAAAUCCCCUGAUAUCUUUGUCAAUAAAGUUUGUGAUGAUUUCUAAUGUA